UCGACGACCAACAUUCACCCAUCCAUCAAUCCGUUCGUGUUUCGCUCAUUCACAUCCGACGUUCUUUCUUGCUGCCGUUGCUGUAGUUUAUUGGUUGAUUAAUUGCUUGCUUGCUCCUUGGUUACCGAUUGCCGCUUGCUGCUUGCUGAUUGCUGAUUCACGGACUGGGGGACUUGACGGUCAGGACUACUACGAGGGCUAAGCGGAGGACAGCCCGACUCUUACCGCUCGGUGUUCACGCUUACCUACCACCUCGCCGCUCGACGUACACGACAGAAGUACGACCAUAGCGAAGACUCUCCCCGGUUUAUUGGGUUGUCCGACGUACCGAUCCCUAAGCCAUGGCGUCUCCUCUCGUAUCAGACGGACGGAUGCUGAAUCCCCGGGAAAAAGCACACUUCACAGUCCAACUCGGCGAUCGGAUAACGGGGAGGGAGAGUGGGAGGGAGGGCGCUGGGUUGAGGAGUGUGAGAUAUAACCACAAACCACCCCUCAGCUACGCGACCCGCAAGACCUCUCUAGCUGCCUCGUCAACGAAUAAUUAUACCCUGGCGCUCUCGGAUCAGGACCGUGAAGGCAAGAACACCGAUGUUUUCACUUUCGUAGGACAGAAGACACAGUUACCGAGGAAGACGUCGUAUGUGCUGCUCUUCGAUCCCGCGGGGCAGAAAGCGACGCUCGAACCGUUGGACGAGACAUUCACAUUUAAUCUCAGUAAGAAGAAUGGGGUCGAUGUUGAGGGGGAGUACACGAAGAUUUAUCCGAAGAAACAGCAACAGAGUAGGGAUAGCGCAGUAGGAGGCGUGAACGCGAGUCAAGAUACCACAAUCUCGGCCGGAGGAGACGACCUUUUCGGUGAAGAGGCAGGGAACGGUCAUACCCGAGCUGCGCUGGAGAACGAAGAGCCCGACCCAGAUAACCCGUAUGAUUUCAGACAUUUCCUCUCGCUGACGACGCAGGGUACCGCGGAAGGGGGGAACAGCAAGCGCGGGGAUGAGAGCGAGUACGGUUCGCCAGACUAUAGAACAGGGACGGUGAGUGCGAAGGGGACGCCUGUAAUUCCGGCGAAGAAAGCGGUUACGGCUGCGGCUACACAAGCGGGUUCUGGAAGGAAGCGCAAAGAACCGGAGGCAGAUCCUUUGGUGGGGAGAAAGACUAAGAGUGCUGCUUCAACGACUACCAAGAGUGACAAGAAGACACAACAGACGGCGACUGCAACGAUGGCGACGACAACAGCACCGCGUGUCCGACUUGAUCACCGCGCUACCACCCAUUCGAAGUCAGACGCCAAGUCCAAGCGAAGUAGAAAAGCGGCAGCAUCUUCCACUGGCAAGGUCAUCAAGUCGGCCGAAAUCGUGCAUUCCAGCGACGAGGACUCCGACGGCGACGACAUGCACCUCGACAUCAGCACUACCCGCAGGCCUACGUCCCCUCCCCACGCUACCCACGACGAGGCCUCAGACCGCGACGCCGAAGGCUUCUCGGACGACUCCGACAUGGGCGGCGCCGGUGGUGGAGGCGGACUCGAAAUCGAAGUCCCCGACGCGCAUCCCCACACCCGCCGGCCGAACGCUCUUUCCUCCCUUGGCCUCGGACUGGGCGGCCUGGGGCAUUUGCGGUCGCCGUCUGCGGGGCCGAUUAGUUUGGCGAGCGCGGCGAAUAGUGUCGCGGGGAGUCCGAGGGGGAGCCAGAGGGGUGCACGUGCGGAUGAGGUUAUUGAGUUUGGGGAUAUUGGUGGGGGAGGUGGGAGUGAGGAGGAGGAAGAAGGAGAAGAAGAAGAAGAAGAGGGGGAGCGGGACGCCGAAGGCGAGUGGGAGGAUAGAGAUGUCGAGCCGAUGGAUUUGGGCCCGCCGGCUCAGGGGCAGGAGACUGCGAGUGGUUCUGUGGCGCAGGCGACGACAACGACGGCACCGCCGGUGGAGGAAGACGAGGAUGAUCCGUUGUAUAAGGAGAUGAUGGAGGGGUUGGCGGGGGAUAGUAGUGAGGAGAGUGAGGAGGAGUAGGGCGCUUUCGAAGUGCUUCCGGCUUUGUGAGCGUGUUCAUUUUGACCAUCUUCUUCUCGGACUUUUUUUGAUGAUGACGUCGUUUCUCAAAGGGCGUUGCAUAGCGGGCGUCUACAUAGCACGAUACCACGUUACGAAUAUCACGCAUUCAAUGUCACCCACGUUUUCAGGUACACAGCACACAUCAUCAUCAUGGAACAAGACUGGAUUCGGAAGGACGGGCGCCACUUAAGUACAACCCAACCGCCAGUACAGGGCUUUCCCUCAUCCCCGCGCAAGCUACCGAUCAGCCAACCCGGAUCCGAGUAUCUUUCCCUCAUUAGUACCGGCGAUGUCUUCCCUCUCGACCAACUUUAUCCGUCCAUGAAAAACGUGAAUGAACAUUUGGUGGAGGUGAAACAUUCUUUUUCCCAGACCUAGUUCAUACUCCUGCUCGCCGAAUUGCGGUCUUUUCCAGGGGUUAUAUGACAAGGGAGA